AUGAGGGACUUGAGAAGCCUUGCUUUUAUCAGGUGUAUAAAAGAAUCAGAUACUUCCAGUAUUUUCCGAGCAACAUUUCAAGGACGACCAUGUCUCAUGAAGGUAUACCAUGCCAUAGAGAAGCAGCCAUCGCAUCCGACAUACAGAGAAAUCGAUCCAUUUUUCUGCGAGAGCACUGCAUAUGUUCGUUUGAAGGAGCGAGGAUUAUGCGAGCAAGGGAUUGUCCCAGAUUUCUAUGGGGACAAACUCCGUCCGAACGCUGUUCUCCUGGAGUUUAUCCCUAGCCUGAUGGAAAUAGAUCUUGCAAAAUAUACAGAAGAUCGCGCCGCCACACUUCUAGACAUCUUGCAUAAGAUUCACGACGCUAGAAUCUACCACGGUGACCCCUACCCUCGAAAUAUUGUUCUUCAGCCAGAAACGGGUAAAGUCCUUUGGAUAGACUUUGAUCGUGCUCAAACUUUUCCUGAGGGUCCUAUUACUGAGAGACAAAACAGCUGGAUGAAGAUUAAUACAUUGAUGACCGCUGAGUUACUGGACCUUCUGGUAAGAAACAUGGGCUGA